AUUGCCCCGGUACACUCACCCCAGCUUGCUAGUCACUGACUACUACCAUGAGCCUCCAAGCUCCGUACGAGGUCCGCAUGUCCAACUCGCGGGGCGUGCCCUACUUCUUCAACGUCGAGACCCAAGAGUCGACAUGGGAGCCUCCUUCGGAACUCUCGCAGGAGCAGGUCCAGAAGCUGCCCGGCGCGCACUACUUGAGCAGCGGCGGCGGCGCGGGCAAGGUACGUGCGAGCCACUUGCUGGUGAAGCACAGGGACAGUAGGAGGCCAAGCAGCUGGAAGGAAGCGAACAUUACCCGGACGAAGGAGGAGGCGAUCGAGAUCCUGAAGGGCCAUCAGAACGAGAUCAACGGCUCGUCCGAGAGGUUCACAGAGCUCGCGUCGGUACACUCGGACUGUUCGUCUGCAAAGAACGGCGGUGAUCUCGGGUCGUUCGGCAGAGGCCAAAUGCAGAAGCCGUUCGAGGAUGCCACUUACGCGCUCAAGCCCGGCGAGAUGAGCGACAUCAUAAGCACGGACAGCGGUGUGCACCUUAUCCUUCGUACUGCAUGAUUGCUCCCCCACUAUUCGACUGGACUAUAAAUGUAAGGAUACUUGUGGAGCUGUACUAUUAUACAAGAAGGAUACGACUUUC